AUUGUUUUGAAAUACCUGCUGGUGUGGUAUCAUAAAUAACCCCAUAUUGAAGUUAACUCAUGGGGAUGUUUGGAAUUCCUUGCCCACCUUGGUGCCGCCUGUUGGAAUGACACGAGGCGACCAGGACCGCCUACAGUUCAGAUAGCCUUCAGACGCGUCAUAUUGUUUUAUGAGCGCUAAUUGUGCACGCCUGAUUUAGAUGACCCUCCCCCUCUUCCUCAACCCCUCCCUCCGCUUCCUACACCCUCCCGGCAAUCUCUGGACGAAGCAGAGGAAUUUGGGCAGCUCCGGUAACACGACACUGUGCACCGUCGCCCUUUCGCUGUUGAGGAUGACGACAAUCUAGCAGAUAACACGCCCGCUUAAUGAUCCUUUGUGUUUCUCGUGAUCGUCUUCUUGGGUACACCUUCGGGAGGGACUGAGGCCGUUAAAAAUCCACUCAAAACUCUUGUAAUUCAAAAAUAUUUCGUUGGAACAGUUACAGGCUGGAUCGUUGACAUUUCCUACCUGGAUCCACGUCCCGAGCAUCGUGUCCUUUGGAAUUAUUUGUGUCGUCUGCGAGUGUCGUCUGCGAGACGCUAUGAGGUCAACUGGUUUUCUGCUUAUCGUUCUACAGAUUGUGAAUGGGAAUCUCUUGGACACGACGACGUUAAGUCCCUCUGACACAACGCAGUCAGAUCCCUGCACAGCCAGUCAUGAGAUUGCCUCAGCUGACAGAGUUGUCAGCAGUGACGUCACCACCGGCAGAUGCGACGACAACCUCAACGCCGGCUGGUAUAAAUUCACCGUCAAUAAUGUGGCCGCCACGUUACCCACUGUCUGCCUCAGGCCUGGGGCCUGUGGAGCCGAUGUGUCCUUGAGGAUUGACCUUGGUGACCAGUCCCUCCCAGACGUUGGGGAGGAGGUACAAGCGUGGUCAUGCGGGGCAUACGACAUCCUCGGCAAGUUUGACUGCUGCGUUCUUCGACAACCAGCAAGGAUAAGAAACUGUAGCAGCUUUUUAGCGUACCAGCUUCAGAAGCCAGACCGUUGUGACGUGGCCUACUGCGUGGAACAUCCUGAAUUGAAAAUUCCGCCGAAUGUUCUCGUGAAGUAUGGAGAAGACGUCUCCCCACAAAGCACCACGCCAUCGUCGUCAACGGUGACUACUCCAGAUUUCCAUAACCUCAAAUGGUGCAAUGAAGGCUUGGUCUGGUGUACGAGGGGGGCGCCACGCUGUAUGUCGUACGAGGAAUGUUUGGCUAUACCACUCACAACCACCAGCUCCAGCGACGUCACGACGACGACCAGCCAGGUGACAACACAAGCUGCAACAACAGAAACCACACCAUCCAGUGAUGUCACAACUGAAAAAACAACAGUCGACAGCGACGUCACCACAAGCCCCAAUAUAGCCGAGGAAACAACGCUGGGCAGUGACGUCACAACAACUCCGAACAUAGCUGAGAAAACAACAGUUGCUGGUGAUGGCACAACAACACCGCAAUUAGCCGAGAAAACAACACUUGCUAGUGAUGGCACAACACCACCACAUAUAGAGACAACAGAGACAACAAGUCAUGGUGGUGUAACCAGUCCGGAGAAAGCCGAGAAAACAACACUUGCUAGUGAUGGCACAACACCACCACAUAUAGAGACAACGGAGACAACAAGUCAUGGUGGUUCAACCAGUCCGGAGAAAGCUGGAUCAACGCCUGGUUCUGGAAUAACGAAUACAGGAGCUGAGGAAACAACGACGUCUCAAACGACAUCGCAAACGACCGUCUUACGUGGUCUCUUUUCGUUUACAACCACAACUUCUGCAAACGAUGACUCGGUCACUACAGAAGAGUCUACAAGUAAACGUCACUCUUCUACGGCGUCAAUGACGACAACUGGUGACUACACUACGACAGGCAGCAUUGGCGGAAUGCCAGGUCAUCCUGAUGGCGUCUCCAAGACAGAUGCCAUAACCACUGAAGGAACCAGCACCGCAGAGACAACUGAAGCUGCUUCGGAUCAGACUACGGGUCCCUCUUCUUCCCCAUCUGGUGACUACACUACGACAGGCAGCAUUGGUAGAAUGCCAGGUCAUCCUGAUGGCGUCUCCAAGACAGAUGCCAUAACCACUGAAGGAACCAGCACCGCAGAGACAACUGAAGCUGCUUCGGGUCAGACUACGGGUUCCUCUUCUUCCCCAUCUGCCACUACAGCUGCAGCUGCGGGUGGUCACGUGGACAGAUCUACCAAUCAGGACACGACAUCCAGUAUCAGCACCACAUCAGCUGCUUCUUCACCUACGACCAUGGCGUCUACAUCUGCGUCAUCUUCAGCCACACAGUCAACGUCUAAAACCUUGCCUCCAGUUCAUUCGACAGAAGGUUCUUCCUCUAGAUCUCCCAGUUCCUCCACCGAGUCCAGUGACGUCACCACUGAAGCCAGGUCUACCAAAUCAACCAGCACAUCCCCUCUUGGUCCAGUGGAUGGACGGAUUGUGCUCGAGUAUGGAUGGACGGAUUGUGCUCGAGUAUCCAACUGAUAAUUUCGUCAAUUAUUCCGCGAGUGUCAAGACGUGCAUGUCGUAUCUCCUGAACAUCUAUGACGAGGAAGGACGUACUGUUGCACACACCUUCGCCGCCGACGAUGUCAACGUCAUGCAGGUGGAUACAUCCUCGACAAC